CGAGGUCUAUAAUAUAACUUAGUCUUAAGGGGUUAGAUGGCCGAAGGAACCUUUGACAAAAUGGACUGGUUUAUGUUACUGCUCUCUUCAGGUAAACAAUCAAAAGCAAUUUCACAUAAUUACACUAACUUGACAACAGAUGGCCAAACAGAUCACUGUUGCGCUAACAACUAAACAUGAACUCUUGUUGUUGCAGUACAGUUCACAUAUUAUACAACAGGGACAUUAUCUACAGCAGUACACUCCUUCUUAUACAACAGAGCUGUUCAUAGUACAUAACAUGUUACUACAAGCCAGCCAGUCAUGACUUUGAAGGACAGAUUAGGAGAAUCAUUCACCACUCUUUCUUUUCAACUACGCACACCUUAUCAAAUAACUGAUACAGUGGUUGAACCGAUAUUUUGAAGUUGGAUUGUCUUUCCUGUACCUGUGGAUUAAGGUCACUGAGGGACGUCAAUAUGAAGGUGCCUCCCUCGUCUCUGAUCACCUUUGCUCUACUCUUAUUUACCCUCUCCACUGUAUCUGGGGGCAAAAUCCUGGUGUUCCCAUUGGACGGAAGCCACUGGAUAAAUAUGAAAGUGAUCAUAGAGGAGCUGCAUGCCAAAGGCCACGAGAUAACUGUGGUUCGGGCGUCCGAUAGCUGGUACAUCAGUGAAAAGUCACCUCUCUACACUUCUGUCACUGUUCCCAGCCCUGGUGGAUUUGAUGAAAAAUACUUUGAAGGCUUUUUGUCUCAACAGCUGGAGAUCAGGCUUAAGGGUAGACAUGCAUCUUAUUGGUCUAAAAUCUGGACUUACAUUCAGAUGGAGCGGCUGGUUGUGCAGCAGUUUUCCCAGCUCCACAAGGGAAUGAGUGAAAUGGUCAUUCAGAUGUUUGAAGAUGAAAACCUGAUGCAGUCUUUCCAUGAAGCCAAAUAUGACCUGGUUUUGACCGACCCUGGUGUCGGUGGAGGGACAAUGUUGGCACGUCGGCUCCAAGUUCCUCUCGUUUUUAAUGUCAGAUGGACCAUUCAAGGUGAAGCUCAUUUCCUUAUUGCCCCAUCACCUUUGUCAUACAUUCCUUUCACUGCAACAGAGUUGACAGAUAAGAUGACUUUCCCACAAAGAAUAAAGAAUGUUUUGAGCUAUAAUUUAGGGAUGUUCACAAUGUCAUACAUCACAGAACCUCAUUAUAAACCAGUAGUUAAAAAGUACUUUGGUCCCGAUGUGGAUUACUCAACGUUUUUCCUGGAUGCAGAUAUCUGGCUUAUGAGGAAUGAUUUUGUCUUUGAAUUUCCACGUCCAACAAUGCCAAAUAUAAUCUACAUGGGUGGAUUUCAGUGCAAGCCCCCAAAGCCACUCCCGUCAGACUUGGAGGAGUUUGUCCAGAGCUCUGGAGAUCACGGGGUCAUAAUGAUGACCUUAGGAACAUUGGUUGGGAAGCUUCCUGAAGAUAUUGCUGAGGAGAUUGCUGCAGCUUUUGCCCAGCUGCCUCAGAAGGUUGUAUGGAGGUAUAUGGGACAAAGGCCAGCCAACCUAGGCAAUAACACAUUAAUAGUCAACUGGUUGCCACAGAAAGACCUCUUAGGACAUCCCAAAACGCGAGUGUUUGUGACCCACGGCGGCACUAACGGAGUUCAGGAGGCCAUUUACCACGGAGUUCCUGUAGUUGGGCUUCCCUUAUUCUUUGAUCAGCCUGAUAACCUCUCCAGAAUCAAAGCAAAGGGAGGAGCUGUGAUUGUUGAUAUUGCCGAGCUUGACAGACACAUCUUUGGAGAUGCCCUUAAGACGGCUCUUUACAAUUCAUCUUACAGGGAAAACAUGCAGAGGCUCUCAAGACUGAACAGAGAUCAGCCCAUAAAACCACUGGACAAGGCAGUGUUUUGGAUAGAAUAUGUUAUCAGACAUAAAGGAGCUCGUCAUCUGCAGAGUCAGUCACACAAAAUGUCCUGGUUUGUUUACAACUCCAUUGAUGUCAUCGCUGCUUUGUUGGGAGUUCUUUUGCUUGUAGCAUUCACCUGCAUAUCAAUUGUAAUGUUACUGUGGAGAAUUAUUUCAGUUGGUAAAAAAGUUAAACAUGAAUGACAUGAAAAUGAAAUGAUAGUUUUGUGUGCAAAAUUCAUUAAAAAAAGAUUUACCCAACACAAACCCAACAGUUCUCUGUGUGUGAUGUUACUAAAG